AUGGAUUCAGAUUACUACUCUUACAACCGUUAUGUUCCUUACAACUUGAUGUUGGAAAACAAGACAUUGGAAGAACUCUUGGCAAGUCUGAACUUCACUUCCCUGGGCGCGUUCAUCGAUGAGUAUGACGUAGAAUUAGAACCCAUCGCCUACGAUCUGUCUACCAAGGCCGAUGCUGGUCUCAUCACAUCCUACACGGUGAUAUUUCUGAUGUCGCUGGUAGGCAACCUCCUUGUGGUGCUUGCGGUUGCGCGAAAGCGCAGCAUGCGCACUGUCAUUAACGCGUUUAUCGUAUCCUUGGCGACUUCUGACCUACUGAUCACCCUGUUCUGCAUCCCGUUUACACUAGUCGAAAUAAUCACAGUAGACUGGGUACUAGGCACGUACAUGUGUAAACUCCUCAAUUACAUCACCAUGGUCGCUGUGGUUUCCAGCGUCCUUACCCUGACCACCAUUGCGAUAGAGCGCCACCACGCGAUCUGUUACCCCCUACGAGCACGCAUCAUUCAGACCCCCAAACGCGCCGCCAUCUUGAUAGCUGGUCUCUGGGUGUUCUCCAUGCUCCUUGUCUCUCCACUGCUCUUUGUUCUGGAAGUGGAGCUGGAAUUAGAUCCUUUCAGUGGCACCACCUACAAGUUCUGUCUGGAAGCCUGGGCCCACCAUGACCAGAAGAAGACCUUCACGCUGCUCCUGGUCUUGUUCCUGUACGUCAUACCCGUCUUCACCAUGACCAUCUUGUACUUACGAGUGGUGCACCGACUGUGGAUACGCAAGGCCAUCUCACCUGUCGAGGCCCCAGGAAGUAUGGCCACCGCCUCGUCCUUACGCAACAAGAGACGAGCCACCAAGAUGCUGAUCGUGGUAGUGAUUCUCUUCGCGGUCUGCUGGCUGCCUUUCCACGUGGUCAGCAUUGUCCGUGAUUUCUCCCACCUGUUAGACAGCGAGCGAAACCGCCUCAUGUUAGCCAUAGUCCAGCUGAUUGGCUUCAGUAACAGCUUCAACAAUCCUAUCGUGUAUGCCUUCCUGAACGAAAAUUUCAAGCGGACCUUUCGGAAGACACUCUGCGUCCGUCCUAAGACGAAACCCGGCAAGAAGAAAGUGAAGAGGUCGACAACUCAUCUGAUAAGCCCGUAUGCUGUACAGACAACCUUGUAACUCAUUGCAAACACUUACACAAUUUCGUCACAGAACAUCACCAUCUGUAAACAUAUUUAGCCGUAUUUAACAUGGUUUCAUGAAGUAAAGAAGGGAAAAAGGCUUAUUAAGUGUACUGGAGUGCCUUAGAAUUCAAGCGAGCAAUGUGACUUCGGGUGGUACCGGACAGGAGAUUCAAAAACAGACUAUUUAAAAAUGUAUGUAAUUGAUAUAAUCCCCAAUGAAGAUUUCGAUAUUCGUUGUUAUCGUGCAUUCAUAAAUACCUAAGAGAGUUUACGCAAUUUCCUAUUGG